UAGUGUCCUGUUGAGUUGCCAGGAUGGAUGGGUCUGCUUCAUACAGGGAUGUCAACUCUGCAGGUGGGUCUUCCUAGGACCCUGUAUGCAAAAAUUCCAAGAAUUAGCUUUCAUGGGGGAAUGCCUUCGUAUAUUAAAAUGUCUUUUCCUGCAAUUUGUUUGGGAUUUCAGGUUCUCGUGAGUGAUGGACCAAGUCACUUCAUGGCUGGGCCAGUCUUCUUGGGAGAGGCGGAAGGCAUGGGCCAAGCAGGGAUACACAUGGCCAGCUGUUGAAGAGGAGAUUCCUGAUGCUCCACAGGACACAUUUGAUCCACAGGCCUCAUUUUUGGAGCAUGGUUUCCUGCAAGGGAUUUCAUCUGAUAAGAUUGAGAGCUGGCUGGAGGAAUGCAGCUCUUCAGUGGAGCCCUUGGCUGAGAGCAUCCCUGCCCUUUUGGCCUGUGGAUCCUUCAGCAACAGAACCAGCUUUGAAGAUGAUCUUACCUUGGGAGCAGAAGCAAUGUUGCUACUUGACAAAGACAGAACUGAGUCCAGCAGGUUCCCAAAAGGUAGUGAAUGGCCUUCUCAUCACAUUAAUCUGGAUCAUAGCAUGGCUUCCAGCGGCAUCUCAGCCAGCACUAACAAGACUAGCUCCAGUAUCUCAGAAGUGUUAGACCUCUGUGAAGCUGAUGCUGAGACCAUCCUCUGUAAUUUGGGCUUCAGCCAAGAGGAGCCACAGGCCACAUCUUGGAUCCCAGCCCGGUUCUUCUCUGUGCCAUCCCAGGCCAAGGGCAUUGAUUUCCAACUUUUCCUGAGAGCCCAGGUGCAACGGAUUGAGACAGAAGAUCCCUGUUUAAUCUUAGCAAGUCGGUUCAAGCAGGUCCAGACUCUGGCUGCAACGGCUGAUGCAUUCUUCUGUCUUUACUCAUACGUGUCUAAGACCCCUGUGCAGAAGAUUUCACCUGCCCACUUCUUCUGGGCCUUCCCUGAAAUACCAGCUUUAUGGAAUGCUCCCUCCAGCCCUGAGUCUCUCACUCCACUCCAGCGCCUGCAAAGAGCUGUUUCCAGGAUGUGUUUGUACACCUCACCCCGACAGAGUAGGCUCCCAGGGGUGUCUGAAAUGCAAAUUCCCGUGAGCCGCCUGGAACGGAUAGUGCAGGAAGUGAUGGCAAAAUCUCGCAAAGACAGGUUGGAUGAGGCUCACACAGUGACUCCUGGAGACCCCUUCUCCCAUACCAAAAUGGAGAGUGCCUCUUCAAAAUCAACCAUGGCAGAGUCAACUCUUGUGGCUUCCCCCUGCUUCUGCUGUGAAGCUCAAUCUAGGGAAAAGACCGAUCUCAUAUUGCCGGGCCUACGGCAGUGGUUUACUUCUUGCACAAGUGGCACCAGCAGGGAUGUUCCAGAUCACGAUGGCUAUCAAGAACUCUUCCAUUACAGUCAUCUAUCUCCACCAUCAGUUUCAUUUCCAGAUGAAAGCAGUGAGGACUCAGAUGAAGAGUCUUCCGAGUAAACAGAAAAGGGCUCUGCUGGAAAGGAAGACUACAUGGACUCCUUACCAGAGUUGGUAUAACAUUACAGCUCAGAGAGGGAGAGCAGUGAGCCAGAAAGCUGAUGGAUGAGAGGUCACUUAAGCAAUGAACUCAGUGGCAGGACAAUGUGUGCACUUCAGGCAUAGCUUUAGCCCUUCAUUUGCACUAGGCUAGGCCAACCUUAAUGUAAAAGCUAUGGAAAGAGUGUUGGAGAAGCUGUUAGGAUUGCUGAAAGAAACAUGUAAAUGCUGAAUGCUAUUAUUGGUUUAAAUGGUUUUGGGGACACAGACCCCAGAGGUUACCCACCAUUUUGAAUGGUAGGGAACUUAGAUAAUGCUUCAGAAAUAGAAAUGUGAGAAGCUGACUCAUAGUGCACCUGAUCACUGGUCAUUUUAGCUUUCUGCUGUCUACUUUCAACUGACCAUGCUAGAGGUCAAAUCAUGAGCCUUCUGCAUGCGAGGCAUGUAUUUUUGCCAUUGAUCUUUUAAUCACCAAUAUCAUCAAGGCUCUUGAAAAUAUUGUUCCAGCACUCUAGGGAGGCAGAGGUUGGCAGCUGUACAUAGAAUCAGCUUUCUUGAUUCAAGGAGGCAGAGAACAGUAGACAAAGUUCCUAGCACUACAGUUGUUUCAGGGGUGGCGAACAUAUUAAACAACAGAAGUUGCUCAGGUGGGGACAGUGAGGGACGCUGUAGAAUUCAGGGUGGAUUUUGUUUACUUUUUCCAAAGAAAGACAGCUCUUUAGAAUGCCUUCGAUGUGCUAUGCUCUUCUGCCAAAGGAACUUGGUUCAUUUAUACUUUUCUAAAAAUAGUUUUGAGAAUAUUAAUAUACCUUUACUUUUUCAUGAUUAUUUAAACAUUCCCUGAAAAAAUAAAGUUUUCUCAUUUCUUUGAAUUAC